AUGGGACAGCAGUUGAGGAGAAGCGGGUUGAGCUGUCGAAACAGAUGGAGGAUGUUGGAGAGGAAAAAGGCCUCUCGCCGUGAGCCUUCUGAAUCAACUCUCUCUGUGGCGAACGUCGACAUGGACCAACCUCCUCUUGAUGAUACCUCGACUCAAUGGAUGGCAAUACCUGUUGAUUCCCGGCUCUGGGACCACGAUGCUUCACACUUCAUGUCCUCUUUGUCGACGCUGCCUAUCGAUGCGAUGCUGCCACUGGGUGAAACGCCACCGUCCUACCUACCAUCGGAAGACUUCGCUGCACUGGAUACUUCCUAUGAUCAAACUGAUGUCUGCUCCGACCCGGUCGAUCGUCCGCCCUUCCAAUAUGCUUCCUCUUCCCUGAGUAGGGCUUUAUCGAGUCCUCUUACCUCGCCGUCUCCGCAGGCGCAUUACGCUCUAUAUCCCUCUCCCAUUUCCGAACAUCUCAACUUGACCGAAGCUUCCUCGAGUGCCGGUCCGACUGUGCACGAACCUGACCAUGCGGCGUUUGUCGCACUUGAUAAUCUCUCUGGCGUCGACUAUAAUGAUAGCAGGUACUAUCAAAACGGCCGACCUUCUGACUCGGAGAUGAACCACACACACGGUUGUGGUGAACUUCCGGUGGCAAUCGGAGCCUCUCCUGAGAUUCAGAGUGUCAUAUUAACUCCAGCUUCGUCUGUGCUUACUCUUUUGUCACUGCCGGCCUCGCUGCCCAGUUCUUCCGGUGACUUUGAAACACCUAUGAGUGCAGCCGGCAGUGAGCCACCGAGCAGCCCUGCGGUCCACGACACCGCACUUUGUUCUGCCGCGCCGAGCGCGAAUUGGCAGUGUACUUCGCGCGGGUGGUCGCUACGUCUUUCUGCCAACCUUCCGGCCACAUCAGACUCAGGUGUGCUGGCGUAUGCUUGCGGUCAUCAGCUCUGUUGGCCUGAGGGCACCAUCACGAGCAGCGCCUGUUUCGCGACGUCUGGAGAUCUGCUCGAACAUAACAGGGCAAAGCACCCGCAAGAUCACUUCGGUAGCAAGCCAUUCAAAUGUGGAUUGGCCGGUUGCGGCAAGAGCUGGAAGAACAUUAAUGGCCUCCAAUAUCAUUUGCAAAUUUCCAAGACACACUUUCAACAAGCACUGGCAGCAAGCGUCCCGAUACCCGCUGAGUCUACGAACUCCACUACUGACCCGAGCCAGGCGGAAAGCAGUCGGGUCAAAGCAAAGACUUUUCCUUGCACAUACCCUGGUUGUCGCAACGAGUACAAGCAACUGAGUGGCUUGCGAUACCACCUGGCCCAUGGCCAUCCCCCCGAUAUGCCUGCUCAACUAGACGUUGUUCCACCGGCGUUGGCCCGCAAGAUGGCCGAGAAACUACAGAACAAGGCCCUUCCUGUAGUCCGAAACCCGUGA